CGGCGCCCUCUGUCGGUCAGACCGGUCACUGCAGCAGCGGCGGGGGAACAUCAGAUCAGCGCCGCGCGAGCAGAACCGAACCGACGCCACGCACAGAUCAUGUCUGACGACGAGAAGCUGCCGUCCGGGUGGGAGAAGCGCAUGAGCCGGAGCUCAGGUCGGGUGUAUUACUUCAAUCACAUCACGAACGCGAGUCAGUGGGAGCGUCCGAGCGGAUCGGGGGCCGACGGGGUCAGCGAGGUGGAGAAGGUGCGCUGCUCUCACCUGCUGGUCAAACACAAGCAGUCUCGCCGGCCGUCCUCCUGGAGAGAGGAGAACAUCACACGCAGCAAAGAGGAGGCGCUGCAGCUCAUCCACAAGUACAUCGAACAGGUGAAGUCUGGCCAGGAGGACUUUGAGAGUUUGGCGUCUCAGUUCAGUGACUGCAGCUCAGCGAGGAACGGAGGAGACCUGGGCGUGUUCGGCCGAGGUCAAAUGCAGAAGCCGUUUGAAGACGUCUCGUUCGCACUGAAGAUCGGAGACAUGAGCGGCCCAGUGUUCACCGAGUCAGGCGUUCACAUCAUCCUGAGAACCGGAUAACCCUCUCCGUCACGCCUUCAUCCGCUCAUCCCGCAGAUAACUCACACACUCUCCCAGGAUUCUUAUCUUAAUCUGUUUCCCUGAAAACCCUCACUUGGCUUGUGAAAGCUGCACGUUUAGUCCAUCCGGUAUUUCAGUCAUCAUACAUGUUACCGAUCCCUUAUGACUGGCCGUGAAUCCUGCAUCUCUUCCCAGCAUUCCUUCAUCCGGCCCGGCCAAACGCUCGCAUGAUCUGCUGUCCGGACAGUAGACGAUCGUAUGACACAUCUCCAAAAAAUGACCAAUAAAAUUUACCAUGUCACUGAAUAAAAUGCUCCUGUUUUAUCUCAAAGCAUGAAACUAUCUUUAGUUUAGUUAGCUUAGUGAAUAACGUUUUCUGAUUACAUGCACCAAACUUUUAGACUCUCCUUAGAAAGUCCUUAUCCAGUGCAGCUGGGAAAGUCAGAGAGAUUCAUAGAAAGUGUCGAAAUUGUCCAGAAACAAGACCAACGUCUGAGUGUGUAAUGUAAUACAAAAUAACUAUUAAGAAGUCCAUUGUUUAUCAAAACCUAGAUGGAUUCCUCUGAACAUUGGUAUGAUGGGCUUCGUCGAGUCUCCCCGCUCCGUUGUUAAUGAGGAUGAAUCAAUAAAAGCAUGUAAUGUGUUGUUGUUUAGGUUUGUUUUGGCAGAUCUUCUUCUGUCUGAGAGUAUACAGCAGCUUGAGCAAUCAAAUGUUUAAAAGCUGUGAAAGUUUGCACAAUCACUGCCAAAUAUUCUCCUGUACAAGAACAACCGAGGUGAGUCAGUGAUUUGGAAAAUUAGAAUGUGUGUGUAAAAUAAAGGAUUCUGAUCCGCUGAA